AUGAAGAAGAAUCAAACACUUGUAACAGAAUUUAUCUUGGCUGGGUUUUCCAGUUUUCCAAAUCUGCAGACUAUUUUAUUUGUUUUGUUCCUUCUCAUGUAUAUUAUAACUCUGGUUGGAAAUCUGCUGAUAAUGGUAGUCAUCGCAUUUGAGAGGACCCUCCAUACCCCCAUGUAUUUAUUCCUCUUUGCUCUGUCCUUUUCUGAGACUUGGUACAGUUUAAUAAUUAUUCCUAAAAUGCUGAGAGACUUGCUAGCCAAGAGUAAAACAAUCUCUUUUGCAGGAUGUGUUGCACAAAUGUUUUUCUUCCAUGGGCUGGGUGGCACAAACUGCCUGAUUCUGACAGUAAUGGGUUAUGACAGGUAUCUAGCAAUAUGCAAGCCCUUGCACUACCCAGUCCUCAUGAAUAUGCAGAUGAUUCUAUGGCUUGUAGCUUUUUCCUGGACUGGAGGAUUUCUCAUAUCCCUAACUCAAACAGCUCUGAUUUUCGGGUUGCCCUUCUGUGGCUCCAACAACAUCAACCACUUCUUGUGUCACAUGAGGGCUGUAGUUAGGGUGGCCUGCACUGAUGAAAGUACCACUGAAGUAGUGGUUUCCGCCAUCUCUAUUUUGGGUUUGUGUGGAAGCUUCCUGUUCAUUAUAUUAACAUAUGUCUUCAUCAUCUCUACCAUUCUUCAGAUUACUUCCACUGAUGGCCGGCAGAAAGCCUUCUCUACCUGUGCUUCCCACCUCAUUGUGGUGAUUGUGCACUAUGGGUUUGCCGCAAUUGUCUAUCUCAGGCCAAGCACCUCUGGUGCUUUAGACAAUGACACACUGAUGUCAAUACCGUACACUAUAAUUACUCCACUUUUCAGUCCCAUAAUAUUUACUCUAAGAAACAAAGAAAUCAAUGAUGCCUUAAGGAUAGCAAUUAGUAAAAAAUUAUUGACCCCAAAGAGAUGA